CAGAUAGUGAAUCGGACUGACUACCUAGUCGCAAUGAAGAAGCAUUGUCUGAUGAUCGUUGCCUUGAAGUUUUUGAUCACCUUUACGCUGACGGAAGCUAUUCAUGUCGACACCAGAUUCGCCACUUUCUAUGAGGACACAAAUUACAAAUACUUAGUGAUGGUAUACAAUAAUGUGUGCUACAUGUGGCAUGUCACUGGAGCCGAUGCCGUGCAUCUAGGAUUCUGGAGCCAGCAGGCAGCCAUGGAGAAAAGACUCAUCCAGGCUGUUGAACGAGGAUUCGUGUCUAUUUCACCAGUGACACUGCCCGAUAUCACACAAAUCUCUGUCGUCAUACACACUGCGUGUCAGCACUUCCUAUCCUACGAGGUGUACGUGACAUAGAAUGCACAUCACCAUGGAUACGUAUACAAGAAAUGAUGACGUCUACACAUAUUUCAAUAUGCGUAUUGAUUGUGAUGUAUAUGUAUAUGAUCUACAUAUUAAAUAAAAUUAGAUGGUAAAUCCUGUUUAAAACGUGUGGACAUCUUGUAUGUUGCUAUCUAUUAUCUUUAACUACAUAUCGUAUCGUUUUGAACACUUAUUACACUUAUCGACAGUUAUUAUAGGGUAG